AGAAUAUUAUGACCCAGCUACACCACGCACUAUCACUGAAUAUAUACUUGUCUAAUUUCUACAUCCCCUUUCUCUCUGUCUCUCACUCUUCAAUAUAUAUGUGACUGACUUAUAAUCUUCCACUAUUGCAAGUGCUGCACUAUAAUCUUCCCAAAAGAUGGGUGUGUUUUUUGAUUCGUUGCUGGUUUUCAUUUGGUGAUAAUAUUAAGCUCAGCAACGGCGGCUAAAGUCCGACAUUUGAAAUGGGAGGUGGAAUACAUGCACUGGUCUCCAGAUGACCAAGAAGGUGUGGUCAUCGCCAUCAACGGCCAGUUCCCCGGCCCCACUAUACGUGCCCGGGCCGGAGACACCCUUCACCUCCACCUCACCAACAAGCUUCACACCGAGGGCGUUGUCAUCCAUUGGCACGGAAUCAGACAGAUUGGGACGCCAUGGGCCGACGGGACAGCCUCGAUAUCGCAGUGUGCCAUUAAUCCGGGAGAGGCAUUUGUCUAUAGGUUUAAAGUCGACCGGGCGGGGACAUACUUUUACCAUGGGCACUACGGUAUGCAACGGUCGGCCGGGCUUUACGGGUCGUUGAUCGUGGACGUGGGAGAAGGGGAGAAGGAGAAGUUUGAGUAUGAUGGAGAGUUGAGUAUUCUGCUGAGUGAUUGGUGGCAUAAGGGAUCUCGUGAACAAGAGGUUGAUCUCUCCUCCAAACCCAUGCGUUGGAUUGGUGAGCCACAGACAUUGUUGAUCAAUGGGAGAGGGCAGUUCAAUUGCUCAUUAGCGGCGCAUUUUAGCAACUCCACCGUAGCGCCGUGCAAGUUAAGCGGCAAUGAACAGUACGCGCCUUAUAUCCUUAAAGUCCACCCCAACAAGACCUACCGGCUCAGGAUAGCCAGCUCCACUGCACUGGCUUCACUCAACUUGGCUAUUGGGAAUCACAAGAUGAGGGUGGUGGAAGCGGACGGCAACUACGUGAAGCCAUUCACCGCGGACAACAUCGAUGUCUACUCCGGCGACAGCUACUCCGUCCUCUUCCGAACCGACCAAUCCCCCUCCCACAACUACUGGCUCUCGGCCACCGUCCGCGGCCGUGAGCCCCACACGCCCCCCGCCCUCGCCAUCCUCAACUACCUCCCCACCUCCCCCUCCCACCUCCCCACCUCCCCCCCUCCCACCUCCCCCCGCUGGGACGACUACCCCUCCAGCAAAGCCUUCUCCCACCAAAUCCUCUCCCUCCCGGGCUCCCCCACACCCCCAAAAACCCCCCACCGCCGCCUCAUCCUUCUAAACACCCAAACCUACAUCAACGGCUACACCAAAUGGUCCAUCAACAACAUCUCUUUAACCCUCCCCACCACCCCCUACCUAGGCUCCAUAAAAUACAACAUAACCAACGCCUUCGACGCCAAAAGCCCCCCCGACCGGGCCCCACCGGGGUACAACGUGAUGCGGCCGGCCCCAAACCCUAACUCGACGUACGGAAGCGGCGUGUACGUGCUCGAGUUUAACUCGACGGUGGAUGUGGUGCUGCAGAAUGCGAAUGCGCUCAAGGACAAUGUGAGCGAGAUUCAUCCGUGGCAUCUGCACGGGCAUGAUUUCUGGGUGGUGGGGUACGGGGAGGGGGAGUUUAAGGAAGGGGACGCGGCAGGGUUCAAUCUGAGAGACCCGCCGUAUAGGAACACGGCGGUGAUUUUUCCUUACGGGUGGACGGCGGUGAGGUUCGUGGCGGAUAAUCCUGGGGUUUGGGCGUUUCAUUGCCAUAUUGAGCCGCAUUUGCAUUUGGGGAUGGGGGUGGUGUUCGCGGAAGGGGUGGAGCGUGUGAGAGGGAUUCCGAACGAGGCAAUCGCGUGUGGUUUGACGGGGAAAAUGCUCAUGAGAAAUGGGACUCGUUGAGAUGAAUGAGUUAAUUUAUGUUUUGAUUUGAGAGGAGAUGUUAUUAAAUGUAAUACCCGCCCCUUUUAUUACCUUGCGUGAAUAAAAUUGUCGAACUAGUAAAUCCUA